UCGGAAACGGAGCAGAGGCCAACGAAGGGUGCGCGGAGCGUAUUGUCCGCGGCGCCUUUCAACAUGGCACCGGUGCCGUGGCCGCCGCGUCGGAGAAACGUGAAGUACGUGCGAGCUUCAUCGGGGGUGCACUAGUGCACGAGAAAGGGUUUCUCAGUUGUGAACGCGUGAGAGUGCAUCUUCCGAGAGUGCGUCGGAUUUCGGAGCAGAUUUCAUACGUACGCGAAGGAGAGAGAAAUCGAAGGAGUCAGCAAGAGAGAAAGAGAGAGAGAGAGAGAAAGAGAACGAAAGGAAGGGAGGGAGAGGGAGAGAGGGAGAGAGAGAGAGAGAGAGAGAGAGAGAGAGAGAGAGAGAGAGAAAGAGAGAAUAGCGUACUAUGCCGAAGAGUCGCACGGGGCAGGGACAGCAGGCCAAUCCGGUGGCGGUCAUCCUACCCCGUGUCGAGUGACAGCUGCUUACGUAACGGAUUAUUCUCGCUAUGAUAACGACACUCCAGACAGCGCGAACGCGACACGUUGACGCGAGGAAGCGGCGGCAGCAGCAGCAGCAGCGAGACAGCAUCGUCGCCGGGAGGGCCGUCGACGCGGCGGCGACGGCGCAGCGCGCGACCCCGACAGAAAUACGCCGACCCGGAUCCCGCUAUCGCCGUCUCUGAUACCUGUCGCUUAAACGAACGCCGAGCGUCGCUACGCCCACGUCGUCCUCGCCUCGGAAACGCGGGACCGGGGUGCCAAGUGCGAAUUAUGACAGCGGCGGUCGUCAUGGAAAACGUUAACUGGGACCCCGCGUUGUCCAAGUUGCUGAACUCGCUGCAGGAGAACAAGUCGGAGAUACCCAGCUGUACCGAGGAGGAAUUUGGAUUUCUCAGUGAGCUGCUGCAGUCCAAAGAACUGAAUGCCCUGGUGCACGUUCAUAAUAAGAUCCUCAACAAUGUUAAGGAUGAUAAAUUCUUCCCCGUGCUCUCAAACUCGAUGGACAUCGAUGUCGAAGUUCUCGAUCUGUUGUCGACCAAAACGCACGUCUCGUCCGAUUGCAAAGAGCUAUUCCACUUGUUGCAGAAACCACACAUCCAGGGUCUCCUCUGUGCUCAUGAUGCGGUGGCGCAAAAGGACUACUAUCCAAGGCUACCGGAUAUUCCAUUGGAAGUAGACGAGGAUGAGGAAACGGUGAAGAUCGUCCAGCUAGUGAAAUCGAACGAGCCCCUGGGCGACGCCGGCGUUGAACCGAUCGUGGGGGCGACCAUAAAAACCUGCGAAAUCACCGGCAAGAUUGUAAUCGCACGGAUAAUGCAUGGCGGCGCAGCCGACCGAUCUGGUCUCAUCCACGUCGGUGACGAGGUCUGCGAAGUCAACGGUAUCAGCGUCGAGGGAAAGACACCUAGUUUUGUUUUACACAUUUUGCAAAAUUCAGAAGGGACAAUCACUUUUAAAAUAGUACCCGCAGAUAGCAAAAGUGGAAUCAGGGAGAGCAAGGUUCGCGUCAAAGCACACUUUUCGUAUGUGGCUGCUGACGACCCUUACAUUCCCUGUAAAGAAGCCGGAUUAGAUUUUGUCAAGGGUGAUGUUCUGCAUAUUGUCAGUCAAGAUGACGCUUAUUGGUGGCAAGCCAGACGAGAAGGUGAUAGAAAUAUGAGAGCAGGUUUGAUCCCUAGCAGAGCUCUUCAAGAACGUAGAAUUCUUCUUGAAAGGAAGGAGAAAGAGAAGGAGAAACCAGAAGAAGACAAUAUAAGCUUGUGUUCUGUUCCAGUGCCUUUGCCCGCAUUGUGCCCCCGUCCCAGUACCUCUUUGCACGCCUCGCCUACAAAGUGCAACUUGCAAGGAACUAAAACUAAAAAAAUCAUAUAUGACGCUGCAGAGAACGACGACUUCGACCGGGAAGAGGUACCGACCUACGAAGAGGUCGCGAAACUCUACCCCAGGCCGGGCCUGUAUCGGCCGGUGGUUCUCAUUGGGCCACCGGGAGUCGGUAGGAACGAGUUGAAGAGGCGGCUCAUAGCGACUGAUACCGAAAAGUACAAGACUCCUGUUCCCUACACGUCGAGGCCACCGCGACCAGGUGAAAUAAACGGCAAAGAGUACCACUUCAUGACUCGGGAGAAAAUGGAGGAGGACAUCGAGGCUGGAAAGUUCAUCGAGUAUGGCGAGUAUAAGGGAAAUUUAUACGGUACCAGUUCCGAGAGCGUCAGCUCGCUCGUGAACGCCGGAUACGUGUGCCUCUUAAGUCCUCACUAUCAAGCCCUCAAGAUGCUAAGGACACCGCAAUUGAGGCCAUACGUCAUAUAUGUGAAACCGCCGACGUUCGAAGUGCUAAAAGACACCAGAAAUGAAGCACGAGCGAGGUCGACCUUUGACGAGAGCAAUUCUCGAGGCUUCACGGACGAAGAAUUCCACGAGAUCCUGCACAGUGCAGAAAGGAUAGAGUUCUUGUAUUCUCACCUUUUCGACGAGGUGAUUGUGAACGCUGACCUUUCCAUGACAUUCGAGCAACUAAUCAACGCAAUCCAUAGAGUGGAAUCUGAGCCGCUUUGGGUACCAGCCUCGUGGGUUCAAUAAAAUGAUCCUUAAAGUUCGAGG